UUCCGCUGGGUCCAAUCGGGGCGGCGCGCGGUUUCAAGGCGCCCCAGAAGCUCAAAAACAAAGGUGUUCCGCACUGAACGCGCCGACAGAACCAAACUCGCGCGCGAUUAUCGGACUUUUCUCGCUGUAAAUCGGCACUCGGUUCGCUCUGUUCCGCUGUUGGCUCGGCGGGAGUUCGGUUCGGGUGGAUGUUUAUCUCCGGUGCGGGGGGCUUGAAACCGGUCGCUGCCCCAUUUCCUCGCUUGUCGCGCGGCUCCGGGAUUCUCCAUGUUGGAGCGAAACCGGGCAGAAUCCCCGUAUCUCCGCGCGGCCCAGUAACGUCACGGCGCUCUGAUCUCUCCCGCGAGCCGAACCGAGAUCAAACGAACCGACCCCCGAAGCGCGAGCCGCAGCAGGUGAUGCGCGGUGUUUGAUGCGCGGCAGCAGCGCGAGGAGGGAAGCGCCGAACCGGCGGAACCGGACCGGACCGGACUCGGGGAUUCGCGCUUAUUAGAUGGAAAGUUCGAUCAUCACACAGGUGCACAGAGAGGAUAUUCAGCUGCCCAGCAAACCAGGCCAGGUGAAGAAAUCUUCUCCCAAGAAACCUCGAAGCCGGAAUAUCUUCAAAGCACUUUUCUGUUGCCUCCGAGCACAGGAUGCCCCCCAGCCGCCACUGCCACCUGCCCAGGAUAACCUGCUGCCCCCUGAAGAGAAUGGGACCAUUGCCAAGAUUCCAGGGAGCAGCCUGCUGCCCGAGGUGACGCCGGAGGACCAGGGAAAGAUCUGUGUUGUUAUAGAUUUGGAUGAAACUCUGGUGCACAGCUCGUUUAAGCCAAUCAGUAAUGCUGACUUUAUUGUUCCAGUGGAGAUAGAGGGAACAACACACCAGGUGUAUGUUCUGAAGAGACCACAUGUGGACCGGUUCCUUCAGAGGAUGGGAGAGAUGUUUGAAUGCGUGCUGUUCACUGCCAGCCUUGCCAAGUACGCUGAUCCGGUCACAGACCUGCUGGACCAGUGUGGAGUGUUCCGGACUCGGCUUUUCCGAGAGUCCUGCAUCUUCCACCAGGGCUGCUACGUCAAAGACCUGAGCCGGCUCGGACGCCAGCUCAGCAAAACCCUCAUCCUGGACAAUUCUCCAGCUUCCUACAUCUUCCACCCCGAGAACGCUGUGCCUGUGGUGUCUUGGUUUGAUGACCUGGAGGACACGGAGCUGCUGAACCUGCUGCCUGUGUUUGAGGAGCUCAGCGCAGUGGACGACGUCUGCGCCAAACUGCGGCAGCUCCGAGAACCGUGACCGGACCUUCUCCGCCUGCGCCGGUGCCCCUGUCGACCCGCCGACCCGAUGCACUCAGCACCAGGAGAGCCUUUAAUGCCUCUACAAUGCCUUAUCCUGCAAAACACCACCUACACACUCCCACAGAGGCACUGACACGUCACAGAGAGAAAAGAGAGAAAGAGAGAGAGUGUGUGUGUGUGUGUGUGUGUGUGUCUGUGUGUGUGUGUCUGUGUGUGUUUUUUGUGUGUGUUAAUAUUCCAUUCGAUUAUCUUGUUUGGAAACAAUCAGACAUGAGCAGACGUUAAUACUCCCGAGCCGUUAGUCCUCAUACAACUCCUCGUACAUCACGUACGUCAUUUAGCACCAACCAUAAACCUCAGUCCAGCCUGUGCCCUGUAUAUUACACUGCAGAGGAUAGAAAAUAAUAAUGGUAGGAGAAAUUAUCCAUUAUAUAGUUUAUAGUGUAUGUAAUAUUACUCAAUCAAUUAAUCAACUAAUCAAUCAGCCAGUCAAACUUUAUUUAUCACUUUUAACCUUCAUCAACACAGCCAAACAUGUACAACUUAAAAAAAAUUUAGUUAAGGAAAAAUUAAGUAAAACAUUUUAAACAAACAAAUAAAAACUUUAAUUUUGAUUUAAUUGACAACUGUAAAAAAUAAUUUUAAAUGAUUGUAAUUUAGAAAUUUCCACACUUUUGUUAAAUGGCUUAAGAUAAAAUUUGCCAGAUAAAGUUUGGAGCAAGCAAAUUUCCCUACAUUUCGUUUCUUAAAAUUGAACCAAGUGGUUCAGCAGUUGUUCAUGCUCUCUCUGGGUGGUACAGUAGGUGGCGUGCACUCCCUUCAUUUCUCUUAUUGUAAUGCUGGUCAGCAUUGCCGUCUGUUGGCUGAUGUAUCAAAACUGGACAAAUCUGGCGCUUUCCUGAUGUGAUGCUGCAGUUGAUUUGCAGCAGUUAAAAAAAGUGUCUGACUUGUGCACUUGACACAACUAGUGUUGGGACCACUGCAGUGAUGGGAAAGUUAAUAUGAACGAAGAUUGGGUAACUGGCAUUAAAACAAAAUUAGAAACAAAUUAAUUUUAAACAAUUACAUCAAUUUAUAAACAUGUAAGAUGAUUUCUCUCACCAGUAUAUACAUUUCUUUGCAGUGUGUAAAAAGUUUUACAGUAAGUUUUACACAAAUCCUUCACUCCUGCCUGUCACAUGAUUCAGUUAUUAUCAUCUUUUUUUUUACACCAUCAUAAAAAAAAUGAUUCGGAUCAGAAGAAGCCUUUACUCUUCUGUGCUGUGCCUUUAGAGGGAAAUUAUUAUUAUUAUUAUUGAUUUUAUUCCGUGAUUUAAUUUUCGCCUUUCUGACGUGCAUUACUUUAAUUAAGUAUUUUUAAGUCAUUUUUACUACUGAGGAAGUUUAGCCCUGUGUGUUUGUGUUACUGGGUUUACUGGGACCACAGUGGCCAUAGAUGGUUAGGGACCAUCCCCAGUAAUUGGAUAAUUGGUGUAAAGGAAGGGUGACCAUAUGUUUAAAAUUUAUAGCAUUAAUAAAACACUAGAUUUAAAAAUGAAGCACAAUUUUAUAUCAACCCCCACCACACACAUUUUGACCAAUUUGCCUUUGCAGGUCUAAGACAGACUGGCUGAAUGGUUCUGACCAUGGAGGGUAACAUUUACAAACCGGGCUGGGCCUGGUUUUCUCAGCAUUGUUAGUUAACCGUACUUGGGGCCAAAGAACCGUUCAGUGGGAGGGAUAAACAACAUUUGGGUUUAAUGAUUGGCUAGCUAGCCCUUGCUAAGGCCUCGCUAUGGUAGGCUAGUAGCCGGCAUGCUAAAACUGUAGUGGUGAUGUGGAAUGAGGCUAUCAUGCUAACACCUGUAACCUGUGUGCUAGCACUGCAAUAUCAAUGUAGGAUAAGACUGGUAGCCAGCGUGCUAACACCGCAGUAGUGAGGCUGGACAGCAUUCAUAGCUGGGUUGCUAGCACUGCUAGCACUGUACUAGCGAUGUGGAAAGUUUGCGGAAAGAUAGUGACACAGCAAAAGGAAAAAGAAACUGUAACGUAAGCGGUCUAAUGGAUCCUUUGUAACCGUUAGUAACUGCCCAAGCAGUGGUAAAGCAGCCAUGGAAAUCAAAGGAUAUAAUUAUUGAAGGUGCUGCCAGUUUUAUAAGAUUAGAACAGAGAGAUCUGUUACUAGACGCAGAGUUAGACCUUUAAAAUGAUAUAAAGUGAUUAUGCAAUGGUUUAUUAAUCGCAUAAUUUAAUAGUGUUUUUAAAUAUGGUGCCAUAAAUGGGUGCUAUACUUUUUCAUACCGCAGGCUGCGCAGUGUUCUUUGUUUAUUCUGUUUAUUACAGAAAGUUUCCCAGAUCAAUUUAAUUUUAACUCACAAAAUCCCAGUUCAAAUCAUUUUUAUUUUGUUUUGAUAUCAAUUCAUUUAGAGAUAUUGGACAUUUUCAGAGAAUUAAGUGUUGUAAUUGUUUAGGCGUUUUCAUAAAGAAUGAAUUAAAAGAAUUAAAGUUUUGUCCAAAACAGGCAAGUUUUACAAAUCAAUCUCAGGUAUAUAUAAAUCAUUUUUGGAUCAUUCAAAUGAAAAUUCUGAAUUCAGAAUUCCCAAAUCCAGCACAAAAUAGUUUAAACAAAUGUUUAGCAGUUUUAUAAAGUAAAGAAGCACAUAUUUAGGGUUUCUUUUUUGUGUUUUUUUAAUUUAGCAGGUAAACAUCCUAAAAGUAUUCUGAACUGUAUUCUUAAUAUGUAUAAUAAUAAGUAUACAUAUGCAAAUACAACCCCCUCUCCCCAAACAUGCCCAUCUUAUCCUGACAAAAAGCUCAGUGUUUUAUUUUUUCUUUUUAAGAAUAUGCCUUUAAUAGUAACCUCUUCACUCAUGCUUUUAAUUUGUUUAUCCAUUAUCUGUUAAACAUGGUGGUGGUAGUUUUCUCACAGUGUUGACUGAUUGGAGGCAGUGCAGACUUAUGCGUUUACCAAAGUUCUGAAACUUUGUGUUUGAUGUUAUUACAUGGUGUUUUUUAUCUGCAUGCUGUGACCUUAUUAUUAAAAAAAAAACAUACAAAAUAAAAUUCUAAUUUUUCCAUUUUAAAGCGCUUAAUGGUAAAAACCUUAAUCUAAGACACUAACUAACUGGUAAAGUGGACCAGAAUGCAGUGUAAUAAGUGUACCAUGACCAGUUCCACACCUUCAUAAAUAUGGAAAGCUGAAUACAUGGGCACUUUAUAGCACAUUCAUAAGCACUGCACUGUGUCAGUUUAAAAUAAAAAUACAUGAUUAAGUAUUUAUGAUCAGCUGAUGUGAAUGUUACAGUGUUUACAAUAAAAGUAAUUGACACUGUGAAGACCUUAGAACACCUUAAACUUAAAAAAAUAUAUAUAACAGGCAUUUGUCCAUUUAUAACACUUAAUGAAGUAUUAUAGAACACCUUACCCAUAUAAUACACACUAAGUGGCCACUAAAAAGUUUUUGUACACCUGCCAAUUCCAAUUAUGCCUUAUUCAAAGUGUUAGAAUGGAAUAAUAGCAUGCUUAGUGCUGAGAUAAGCUGUUCAUUAAUACUGAUGUAGUGCUGUUCAGUGCUUAGGCAUGUGUUAUAGAGUGUUAAUAGAAAGUGUUGCUCCAUGUUUAUUUAGUUUAUAAAGCUCUGCCAUCUAACAGAGUGUGUCCAAUCUGUUUUGGUCUGAGUGAGGUGUGUGUGCUGAAGUUUCUGCUGGUCAGAGAAGCUUUUUUAGAUGAAAGGAAAUUUUACCAAACCAAAUAUUUUUUACGUGAUUUUUUAACGUUUUUCCCUCCUGCUGCCUGACGUUUAUUGGAAGUGCUUUUGAUUUUUGAGGAGGUGCUUUAAUUAUUAUUUUUUUUUAUUAGCCCACUUUUGUCCUUUUUCUACAAACAGCUGUAUUUUAUUUUAAUCUGUUUGUUUUUUUCCCAGGUAUUUGAUAUAUAUAUAUAUAUAUAUUCCUUGUUGGGUCAGAUGUGAAAUGGUAAUAUGUUGCAUCUUUAAAGACACUGAUUUAUUGAUGUCUUUGAUUUGAAUUGUUUGCGGCAAUACAGUGUGGCUACAGUGUGUCAGUAAUUCAGGAGGUGACAGCAUUAAAAUCUGACUGAUGUUUAAACAGUAAGAGCUGUGGUGUGCCUGAUUUUAACGAAAUGCCCAUAGAAAAGAAUGUGAUGCGUCCCUGAGGUGCAGUACCAGCAUUAACCAGAGGAGGCAUUGUUUCAUGAAGUGGCAUGAUAUGGGUUUUUUUUACAUUAAACAAUAACACCUCAGCUGUUGUAAUGUUUUUUUUUUUAUAAAAUUGGACCUAGUUUAAUCAGCACAGAAAAAUGUGUGGAAAAGUAAAAGAAUGCAGCUUCCCUCUUCAUUAAUGUAAAAGCCUCAAAAGAACUUUUUUUAGUUAGUAAAUCCUUUUAUGAAAUAUGGUACGUAGAUGAGUUAACGCAAGGUUAACAUAAUGCAAACGUUAAGAUCCAGCACACCCGGCUCUCUCUCUCGGUCAGGUGAAGGCGGCGCUGCUCUGUUUACUGAUUGUGGUGAAUGUGAUGUGAACUCUGAUGCGCCCCAGUGGUCUGGAGGAUGGGUGACGUGUUCAGUGUUGUGACGCGGUGCAGCUGGAACUCCUGGCCUCAGAACAGAGCCUCAUUUGUGUGUUCUGGCCUUGUUUUUGUUCCGGACUCGUUCUGUCGGACCAGAGUUCAGACCAUAAUGUUGCCAAUGUGUGACUCUAUGCAGAUCCAAACGUACAGUACAAUGCAAAACAGCCGUUAAUGUCCAGUCUGUUCAUGUUUAGUCCUAGAUACUGUUUUAAAAAAAAACUGUCGUACAAAAAACCAGCGGUCGUACACAUGCUGGAUGUGACUCGGUUCUGGUUUUGAUUAUUCCUUUGAUUUUUUUAAAUUAGGAAAUUGGCAAUAAAGGUAUUAUUGAUUUA